CGUCUCAGUUGGUAUUCUUGACUGUCAUUAUGUAAUGAGAAAUUUUUCUUGUGCAUCAAAAAUUUUUGUGGUAAUUGUGGUCAGGAAAUAAUUCAAAAACUAAUCAUGUCUGUGGUACCAUCAUCGGGGAAGUCUAUUGAACUGAAACCAUUAACAAAAUACAACGUUUGCUACUAUUAUGCGCCCAUUUCGAGCAUGAUUAGCUAUGCGGCACUCUCAGUAAAUGUUAUGAAUCCCUCAUUGGUGUACAAGUUCCAUCCCAAUCGAGACGUAACAAACUACCUCCUCUACUGGACUCUAUUUGGAAGUGGUCUCUACAUCUACGGCCGGCCACACUUACGAGCAUUGCCUCAUAAAACGCGUGCUUCUUACAGCAUUGUUGGAAGUGUUUUAUUCAGCAUGGGAUCCCUUCUUGUAUGGGCAUUUAUUCGUACCGUUGUCCCUAAGAACAACGCCCUGCAUACGAUCUUAGGAUUAGGAUCUAGUUUUGUGAUUGCACGUCUAAGUUAUGAUUACUUGGACCAUGUGGACAGUCUCACUCCUUCUAAGUAAGCCUGACCAGGACUUUUUUUAGCUCUUCAUUGUCUCACAAUUAAAAUCAAUAAAGUGAACCAAAUUGUACUCUUUCAAGUCUGCUGGAAACAAACAACCUUAUAAUUAUUCCUAAUGAUGUAGAGAAAAAUAAAAAAAUAAAUAAAUAAAUGAAUGUGAAAAA